AGUGAAUACAAUUUUUUUUUAAGAAAGAACGUAAAUAUCUGAGGCAAUAGAAAAAAUUAUUUAGAUUUUAAUUCUAUAUUACUAAUAGCGCUUCGAUAAAAACCUACCUAAAUCGAUAUGGUAGGAUGUGACACGAAAACGAUAAGGAAUAUCAAGUAAAUAUAGAACAUGGGACGUUGGACAUAACAAAACAUUGGAUUUCUGGUCUAUCCUAGUUGGUCAAUAGUUUUAUAAAUAUGCUAAAAUAUGUCUGAUGAUAAAAUAGUUGCUACUGACAUUCUGCUGGAAUUUUUAGAAGUAGCAUUCAACCAGAUCCUGUUCUUCAGAAAUUUAUAUCCAAAGGAAAUAUUUGUGAAGAAGAAAAUAUACAGCAUAUGCAUUUAUGUGUCUGAACAUCCUGAACUCAAUGAGUACAUAAAAAAUGUAUUAAGUGCAAUUAGAGAAUUGGUAAAAGAAGAUGAAAAUAGUGUCAAAACGGUGAAUCUCGUAUUUUAUAACAAAGAGAAAGAGCCAAUUGAAAAAUUUGUCUUUGAUCUUGCUAAACUGCAAGCAAACAGUACAGAGAAAGAUCCAUACUAUUUAAAAACAGAAGAAUCAUUGAGAACAAUUUGUCUGAAACUAUCCAUGUGUGAAACCUAUCUAAAACCAUUGCCAGAAGAUUCAUCAUUCUCCAUUGAAAUUGAGACAUAUGAAACUGCACAUGUAAGUUUAAAUGAAAAUCCCCAUUGUGAAGAUUUUCCAUGGAUCAUCAAUGAAGAUGCUCCUGAAAUGAUUAACAAGAAUUUACUUCCAUUGAAAACUAUAAAAACAGACUGUCUAAACAUGCAAAUGUAUGUUAUUGAAGAUGAAAAUAAGAAAUGCAUUAAUUAAUUA